UCUUCACUUAGGGAUAUCAAAUUCAUAUCAUUAGUAGUUAUUUUACAGAGCGCAAAGGUCAUAUGGAGAAGCAGAGAUCUGGGUCGGGGGGCAGAGGAAAGGUCAGGCGGUUCUUCACAUCUCAGCCCUCCUAUUCGAGCGAUGAUAGCAGUGACAUGAUUGACGCAGUGGUGGCAUCUCCACUGGCUGUGUCCACACACUUAACUGCCGACAGUUCCGGCAGCUCCUCAAAGAUGAGUCCUGUUUCCAGUCGCACUCGAGCCCGAGGUCACAUGGAUCCAACUUCGGAAGGCUCUUUCUCUUUUGGCAGCAGGAGACAAUUGGUUGAAGGCGCCAACUCAAAGGCCCUGGUGCCUUCUACUUCCAUGGAAAGGAGGCACCCCGCCAAUCCACAGGCUAAGGACUCCAUGGCCCUGGUGCCUGUGCCUUCAAGAAAAGAUUCAAAAACUCCUGAUUCUGGGUCUUCUCGCCGGGACAAGCAGAUGGUUCCUUAUAGAUCCCAUUCAUUUGAUGACAGAGAGGGGUCAAACAGAGCAUCUAGAUCUUCAAGUGGUAAAGCCAGAGAGGAGAAGGAGAGCAAUAGGCACAUGGCGUCAAGCGAGGUGGAGGAAAAGGCAUCUGCUUGGUUGGAGGACCAACUAAACCAGAUUGAUAGCAGGUAUAGCAAGAAGAAUAGUGUAAUUCAAGAAUGGGAAGAGAAGCGAAGGAAUGAAGCCAACAUGAUUUUUAAAGAAAUUGAGAAGAGAUUAAAUGAAAAGAGGGCGAAAGCAUUUGAGCAGCUGCAAAUUGAAUUAGAGAGAGUUCACAAUAAAGCAGAGCGAAAGAAAGAGAAAUUGAAAUGGCAAGAAAGAGACUGAAAUGGCAGUGGUGAUACACAAAGCUGAUAAAAUUCACCACGUUGGGAAGGAAAGAAUCAGAUGAAACCCACCAAAGCUUAAGUUUUGUUAUUAUUCUUAUUCAUGUACAACUGUAACGUGAAAUUUCCUUUUUCUCUUUCUUUGAUACUCCAUAUUCUUUGCCCGAGUUAAGUUAAAGACCUUUGGCACGAUUCUUCACGAACUUUGCUUUUGUAGAUACUCGUUAAACGAUUUAUUUUUGUGUUUGGGCCCCAACAUUUCCUCUGUUUUAAGAUGAUGGUCAAACCUGCACAAAUUGUUUGUCUUUCGUUGGAAAGUACAUAAAUUG